AUGUCCGAGGAGCAGUGGACCCGGGAGCGAGAGGCGUUUCUGAGCCUGCCCCGCCUGGCGGGGAGGCUCACCGCAGAGCUGAUCUUGCGCUCGCCGCAGGGCCUGGACCCGUCCCAGGACUACGCUAUCGACCUGCGAGCUAAUAAGAUCGCGGCGAUCGAGAACAUGGGCGCGACGCAGAACCAGUUCGACGCCAUCGAUCUCAGCGAUAACGAGAUCGUCAAGCUCGAGGGAUUCCCGCCGCUGUCCCGGCUGCACACGCUCUACCUGAUGAACAACAGGAUCGCGCGCGUGGGAGUCGAUCUAUCGCAGCAGAUUCCGAUGCUCAAGGCGCUUUACCUCACGAACAACAGGCUGAAGAACCUCGCGGACCUCGACCCGCUCAAGUCGUGCAGGCGGCUGACGCAUCUGAGCCUCCUCGGUAACCCGGUUUCUAAGAACCCGGACUACCGGCUCUACGCGGUGUACUCGUUGCCCGCGCUGAAGGUACUCGACUUCCGCAAGGUGAAGCAGGCGGAGCGCGAGGCGGCGGAGAAGAAAUUCGGUGGGAAGGACGGGUUAAAGGCGCGGGAGGCGGCGAAGACCUUCGAGGUCGGCGACGUCGGCGUGGGAGGCGGGGGGGACGCGGCUGGCGCGGGUGAAAGUAACGUGACGGGGCCCACGCCCCAGCAGCUCCUGGCGCUGCAGGCGGCCAUCGCAAACGCGGAGACGCUGGAGGAGGUGGCCAGGCUGGAGAACGCGCUGUCCAACGGGGUGAUGCCCAGUGAUUUUCAGAUUUAGUAA